UGUGCAGAGGCGUCUGAGAGCGUCGGUCUCUCUCGCGCCGGCAGCGCCUGCGCAGUGACGAGGUGCGCCUCGGGAGGCUGGAGCGGUUCCCUCUCAGGCGGCGCCAUUUUGUGGUAAGAGAGCCGAGAUUCAAAAAAAUAAUAAUAAUAAAUCCAAAAAACACACACACGCAAACCCACCGACCCGGUUCUGUGUGAAGUGGGCGACGGAACCAGGGUCCCUGGAAUGGCGGAGACUCUGUCGGGUUUAGGAGACGCGGGUGCGGCGGGCGCGGCGGCCGUGAGCUCCGCGGCGUCGGAGACCGGGACGCGGCGGCUCAGCGACCUGCGGGUGAUCGACCUGCGGGCGGAGCUGCGGAAGCGGAACCUCGAUUCGAGCGGCAACAAGAGCGUGCUGAUGGAGCGGCUUAGGAAGGCCAUUGAAGAUGAAGGUGGGAAUCCUGAUGAAAUUGAAGUCACCUCGGAAGGCAACAAGAAGAUGCCUAAGAGGCCCAGCAAAGGGAGGAAACCAGAAGACGAGGGUAUGGAGGACAACGGGCUCGAGGAGAAUUCUGGGGAUGGGCAGGAGGACGUGGAGACCAGCCUGGAGAACCUGCAAGACAUGGAUAUGAUGGACAUCAGUGUGCUGGACGAGGCUGACAUUGAUAAUGGAAGUGUGGCAGACUGUGUGGAGGAAGAGGAGGAGGCCACACUCCCUGAGGUCCUGGCAGACAGCACUGAGCUGGUAGAAGGCGACUUGAAGGGGCUCCCGGAGCAGCUGCAGGAGCAUGCUAUAGACGACAAAGAAGCCAUUAACAAUGUAGAUACAUCCUCAUCUGACUUUACCAUCCUGCAGGAGAUGGAAGAGGCAGCCCUGGAACCAGGUACUGUCCAAUGCAGGGCUCAGCAGUGGGUCCGCCCACAGUGGGGAGGCUCUUCCUGUGUGGCGUUGCGCCCGCAUGAAGAGCAGGAAGAGGAGCAGGAGGAGGAGGGAGAUUUAGCUUUGGCCCGAAGCAGCGAGUCUGAGUCUCCAAGCACUCGGUGUCAGUGGAGCGAGGCAGACGCCCCGUUAGCAGUAGUGAAAAGGGAGCCGGCGGAGGCGCCGGGAGGAGGCACCGUGAUGGACCGCGAGCCUGUAGGGCUAGAGGAGCCAGUUGAGCAGAGUAGCACGGCUGCCCAGCUCUCGGAGGCCGCCAGCCAGGAGCUGGCGCAAGCGCCCACGGCAGCCCCGAGCCCCGAACCCCAAGAUAGCAAAGACGACGUGAAGAAGUUUGCUUUUGACGCUUGUAAUGACGUCUCUGCGGCUCCUAAAGAGUCCUCAGCCAGUGAGGGCGCUGAUCAGAAAAUGAGUUCUGUCGAAGAUGACUCGGAAACAAAAAGGCUUUCCCGAGAGGAGAAGGGUCGCAGCAGCUGUGGUAGGAAUUUCUGGGUUAGUGGUCUUUCAUCUACGACCAGAGCCACGGAUCUCAAGAACCUUUUUAGCAGAUAUGGGAAGGUGGUGGGUGCUAAGGUUGUGACAAAUGCCCGGAGUCCCGGAGCUCGCUGUUACGGCUUUGUUACUAUGUCCACAGCUGAAGAGGCUACAAAGUGCAUUAGCCAUUUGCACAAGACUGAGCUGCAUGGCAAGAUGAUCUCAGUGGAAAAGGCCAAAAGUGAGCCCACUGGCAAAAGAGUGCCUGACAGGAGAGAUGGGGACAGUAAGAAGGAGAAGACCAGCGCCGGUGACAGGUCAGCCAACCUUAAGAGGGACGAGAAAGCUGACAGAAAAGAUGAUGCCAAAAAGGGAGAUGGUGGAAACGCAGAGAAGAGCAAGGACGCAGAUGAGCAGAAGCCCGGGCCUUCAGAGCGCUCAAGGACCACCAAGUCAGGAAGCCGUGGCACUGAGCGCACUGUGGUGAUGGACAAGUCCAAAGGUGUGCCUGUUAUCAGUGUGAAGACGUCAGGGUCCAAAGAGAGAGCCUCUAAAAGUCAGGACCGAAAGUCGGCCAGCCGGGAGAAGCGAUCUGUUGUGUCCUUUGACAAGGUUAAAGAGUCUCGAAAGUCUAGAGACUCGGAGUCGCGGAGGGAGCGGGAACGCAGUGAGCGGGAGCAGCGCCUGCAGGCCCAGUGGGAGCGGGAGGAGCGAGAGCGGCUAGAGAUUGCCCGAGAGCGCUUGGCUUUCCACCGCCAUCGGCUGGAGCGGGAACGCAUGGAGCGGGAGCGGCUGGAGCGGGAGCGCAUGCACGUGGAGCAGGAGCGGAGGCGUGAGCAGGAGCGUAUCCACCGAGAGCGAGAGGAGCUUCGGCGUCAGCAGGAACUGCGCUACGAACAGGAGCGCCGGCCUGCUGUGCGCAGGCCCUACGAUGUAGAUGGCCGGCGUGAUGAUGCCUACUGGCCAGAAGCUAAGCGGGCCGCCCUGGAUGACCGCUACCACUCAGACUUUGGCCGCCAGGAUCGCUUCCACGACUUUGACCACAGAGACCGAGGUCGCUACCCAAACCACUCCGUGGAUAGGAGAGAAGGUUCACGGUCAAUGAUGGGAGACAGAGAAGGACAGCAUUACCCUGAGCGCCACGGAGGACCUGAACGCCAUGGCCGGGACUCUCGAGAUGGCUGGGGCUAUGGCUCAAACAAAAGAAUGAGUGAAGGCAGGGGCCUGCCCCCUCCUCCCAGACGUGACUGGGGGGAGCACGGUCGGAGACUUGAAGAUGACCGGGCAUGGCAGGGUGCCCCUGACGGAGGCAUGAUGGAGCGUGAGCACAAGAGGUGGCAAGGUGGGGAGAGGAACAUGUCUGGACACUCGGGACCUGGUCACAUGAUGAACCGCGGUGGCAUGUCAGGGCGCGGCAGCUUUGCUCCCGGUGGAGCCUCACGUGGCCACGUGAUCCCACGUGGAGGGAUGCAGGGAGGAUUCGGAGGACAGAGCAGGGGCAGCAGACCCAGUGAUGCCCGCUUCACCCGCCGCUACUGAGCACCUAUGCCACCCAGCUGUGACCUCCAUGUCCUAUCAGGACUUCCCUCCCGCCAUUGUACAAAGGAUUUUUUUUUUUUAAUCUGCUGCCAUAUUGUAGCUUGUUAUGAUGUGAAUUUGUUUUCAUUUUGGUUUUUGUUGCUGUUUUUUGUUUGUUUUUGUUGUUGUUUUUUUUUUUUUUUUGUAAUAAAGUUGUUUCUGUUCAUG